AUGUCUCAAUCGAUGGACUCAUUGUUCAGCGCUUCCAACGUCUUAAUCAACGAAAUCCAAGAGUCUUUGUUCCCGCGGUUGGAGUCACUGAUCGCCAGCAACGACCAAAACAAUGCACUGUCUGUGGAGUCGGACAUCGAGUCCAAAGUGAAACAAUUGGACACAUAUUGCGAUAAAAUGGAGAUAAUUGUCAACAAAAGCGGACCAAACGAUAGACCGCAGCAGAAGAUGCGUUUGGAUCAGUUGCGGUACGACUCUCGGCACCUGUUGUCGUCCCUCCGGAACCUACACCACCGCCGCAUUCAGAGGGAACGGGAGGAGAGGGAGAGGGAAGAGCUGCUGACCCGACGCUUCACCACCAACUCGGAGACCAAUAUAGCCAUUGAGACCUAUUAUGGCGACGAGAAUACGCGCCUCAAGUCAUUCAACACCAACUUAGACGACAUGAUUGCCAGCGGAUCCAACAUAUUGUCCAGUCUUCGCGACCAGAGGGGGUUCCUGAAGGGCGCCCACAAACGGCUCAUCGAUAUCGGCAACACGUUAGGCAUGUCCAACACUGUCAUGAGACUCAUCGAGAAAAGGGGUGUCACCGACAGGUAU